CACACACACACACACACACACACACACACACACACACACACACCGGGGUCACUCCACUUCCAGGCGGCGGACUGCUUUCCACUCCUCCUGCAUAUCGCACACAUGAAGAGGGAAGAACGUCCGCAGUCAUUUCCUACCUGUGCGCCUUCAGCGUGCGUCACGGAAACUCCGCCGUUUCUUCGUCUUAAUUGUUUCCUCCGCGGCUUCCUAGACCCGGUGAUUUUGGAUUACGGAGGAUAACAAGCAGCGUGGGCGCGGAGCAGCUGAAAUCAUGGAUUUAUGGAUAAAGUUGGUGUUGUUGUGCAGCUGCUGCUUUGGAGCAAGUGCAGACUUUGAUGGCAGGUGGCCGCGGCAGAUGGCCUCGUCCAGUGGCCUGUGUCGGUACGGGGCCAGAGUGGACUGCUGCUGGGGGUGGACGCGCCGCUCCUGGGGUCACUGCCAGCCUCUCCUCGCCUUAACUCACAGAGUAGCCGGGAUAAGGUGCCAGCCCCAAGCUGUGUGCCAGCCCGGCUGUAAGCAUGGAGACUGCGUGGGACCCAAUAAGUGCAAGUGCCAUCCAGGCUUCACCGGAAAGACCUGCAAUCAAGAAGUGCUCGACUAUUUAACCCCACCAGUGUGGGCCAGUCACCUCCCUAUCUUCCGUCCUGUGGACCAUCAGCCGGUGCGGGUAGUGAUGGAGGACCUGAAUGAGUGCGGUCUGAAGCCCAGGCCCUGUAAACACAGGUGCAUGAACACUUAUGGAAGCUACAAGUGCUACUGCCAGAACGGCUACAUGCAGAUGCUUGACGGGACAUGUGGAAAUGCUCGCACUUGUGGCAUGGCCAACUGUCAGUACGGCUGCGAGGUGCUGAAAGGAGAGGUCCGAUGUCAGUGUCCGUCACCGGGGCUGCAGCUGGCUCCGGAUGGAAGAACCUGUGUGGAUGUGGAUGAGUGUGCUGCAGGGAUAGCAGUGUGUCCUCGGUUCAGGAAAUGCAUAAACACUUUCGGUAGCUACAUCUGCAAGUGCCACGAAGGCUUUGAUCUGCAAUACAUCAACGGGAAAUACCAAUGCAUAGACGUGGAUGAGUGCUCUUUAGGUCGGAGCCACUGCAGCGGCUUCGCCUCCUGCUACAACACGCCAGGCUCAUACAAGUGCAAAUGCAAAGACGGCUACCGGGGGAUGGGCCACGACUGCAAACCCAUCCCUAAGGUGGCUAUUGACCCUCCGAGGCCAGGCAAACUGCCUCCAAAUCAUCACAACCGCCUCCCAGAUACAGAUCAGAGGAGGACCACCACCACCGUCCGCCCACCAGUGACUCAAAGGAGAGUCUUCCCCGUAAUCCCAAAAACAACAACAGCCGCCCCCACAACUACGACAACCACGACAACAACCAAAGCACCUCCAAAGAGGGUUACCCCACCUCCACGUAAACCAGCCCUUCCCACCCGGAAGCCCUUUAUCCCGACCCGGAAGCCCUUCAUCCCGACCAGGAAGCCCUUCAUCCCGACCAGGAAGCCCUUCAUCCCGACCAGGAAGCCCUUCAUCCCGACCAGGAAGCCACCAGCACCAACACGCAAGCCCUAUAUCCCACCCAUAAGACCAGUUCCUCCCACCAGACGCCCCCCAACCCCCCCACCAGUCACUCCUGUGGACAACACCAUCCAGAAGGAGGUCACCAAACAGAGAGGGGACGUCCACAUUCCUCGGAACCACGAUCGCAACACCGUCCUUGGCGUGGACUUUGACAUUGAGCUCGGGAACACGGCAGAAGAAGCCAAGGACGACCCAGAGUCGGGGUAUCUGAGCUGCUCCUUUGAUGAUGGUCUUUGUGGUUGGAUCAGGGACAAAGACGGAGACCUGCACUGGGAGACGACGCCUGAUCCGUCCGGUGGACGGUACCUCACCAUUCCCGAGGUGGGCAACAAGAGGACAGGGCGGGGGGCGCGGCUGGUGCUCCCCCUCACCCCCCCCUGGAACGAUGGCAACCUGUGCCUGUCGUUCAGACACAAGCUGGCCGGCCAUCACGUGGGCAUGCUGCAAGUGUUCGUGAAGAAAGGGAAGCAGUACAGCCCUGCAGUCUGGGGCCGGACGGGGGGGAAUGGCUGGAGGCACACCCAAAUCACUUUAUGGGGCACCGGCUUGGAAAGUGUGAUCCUGAAGGGGGAGCGUGGGCGGGGCCGGAGCGGAGAGAUGGCCGUGGACGACAUCACUCUGAGGAAAGGCUCCUGCACGGAGGAGCACAACCUGAGGAGACUCUGACUGACAGGACUCUAAGAGGCAGAGCGAGAGGGGAAGUCAUCUCAAAGAGAACUGACUCUGUUGUGAAAUACCCUCCCUCUGCCUGGGCUAUCACUGAGCACACACACACACACACCCACACACACCCACCCACACCCACACACACACACACACACACACACACAC